AUGUGCGAGUCCGACACGAACGACAGCUCGAUCAAGGACUGCGAGUACUUCGACCCGAUUUCGGAGAUUUUCGGCGACCCAGACCACACCGACACGAUCGAAGUACGGGCGAUGCCCGGGGCGGCAGCGGCGGCUUCGACGCCCGCAGCCGACGUCCCGAUCGACAGCAACAAGCACCGCAACAUCAAGAAGGGCCAAGGCCUCGACGGUGGUUCAGGACAUCGGAGGGGCAGUGGGGACCGACAGCGACGACAGACCGAUCCAGAGCGAUGGGGCAAGCGGACCAUCGGCGACUGGAUGACACUGGAUCGUCGGGACCUGCGACUGGACUGGGACAGAGCGGAGGCUGCCAACGAGAAAGACGAUCGCUACACGGGCAAUCCCUGCUACGGCGAGCGCGACACGACGCGCCCGCUGGCGAGGCGCGCCAACGGAUGCAGGGUGAGCUACAAGUGCGUGAGAUGCGAGCUGGUCAUGCUGUACAUCCCGAAGCACGGGGCGACGGGCAGGUACAGGCAGAAGGGAGCUCUGGGACCGACCGUGGGAAAGAUCAAGAUCGAAGAAGUGACGAAGGAGAAGGUCACCAAGGAGAAGGCGACGUCGGAGAGAGAUCCGGACCAAGAUCGAAGAGGGGACGACGACGUCAUCACGUUCGGGAUUGACGUCGAGUACCACAAGGAGGAGAUUAACCUGAAGGGCUACAGCUGGGUGCUAGAGCAGGUGGCAGAAGCUGGGUUGGCGACAGACCUCAACGUGAAACAGCUGAUCGAGUUCUGCACGGAGGAGGACAGCCAGCUCGGGAAGGUCGCGGAGGAACGCGAGGACGCCGAGAUCAUCAGGAUCACGCGGAAGGACGCGGAUUUCAUCACGAAACAUGGACUGGAGUUGGCCAAGAACCUGGCGGUGAAAAGCCCUGGAGCAGACAUCUGGGGAAACCUGCCGUGUACAGCCGUCAGCGCGCUUCACAACGGUUACAUCGGCAGACAGGAUGGCCAGUACUGGAAGAAGCUCGAAGCACGAAAGAAGAACCUUAAGAAGUUUGUGAAUCACUUCAUGGAAGUGAGCAGGAUUGUCAAGGACAAUGGUGGGGGCGUGCACAUUGAGUGGCCGCGUAACUGCCAUGGCUGGAAGUACUUCCCGGAGCUGAUAGAGUUCUUUGGUGAGCUGGGCAUGGAGAAGGUGAACUUCGACGAGUGCCAGGUCGGGGUGGUCAACACCAAGGGCGAGCCGAUAUACAAACCGUGGGCGCUGUGGACCAGCAGGAAAAAGCUCGCAACGGCCCUGAGUGGCAAACGUUGCCCAGAUCACCAAGGACACGGACAUGCAGAAUGCUGUGGGAAGGAUGCUACAUUAUCGGGCAAAUACCCCUCACGAAUAGCAAGGAUCAUCUGGCGGAAUAUCGUGGAACCGCCGAAGCUGAUGGGCAUGAUCGAGGAGCUGAGGCAGGAGGAAGCCCUGGCGAACGACAACAAGGAGAUGUUCGACCAUGAGAGGGAGCUAGAGCUGACCAGCGACGAGCAACAACAAUGGAACGACCUGCCGGCGCUGAAGCAGAAUGAGUUAAUGAAAGCAGCGAUGCGGCUGCAUCGGAAUACUGGACGUCGACCACAGAGGGUGAUGAUCAGGAUCCUGCGCAGAUGUGGGGCUUCAGCGACGACAAUCGCAGCCGUGAAGCAGAUCAAGUGCAGCUCGUGCGUUGAGAAUCAGAUACCAGGACCGAGACCAGCAGCGGUACUCGAGCCAGCUCGAGAUCUAUGGCAGGUGGUCGGCAUCGACGUGAAGGAGAUCGUAGGCAACGACCAGAUCAAGCGGAAGUACCUUGUGAUCGUGGACGAGGCGAGUAAGCUGACGCUGGCGGUCAAGAUCUUCUCAAUGCCCGCUCAGGAGUCGAGGAGCUGCACCGCCAAGGAGCUGCUGGAUGCGUUCAGAGGACAUUGGUCAGACCGGUAUGGCAUGCCAAGCGUGCUGAGGCUCGAUCCGGAAGGAGCAUUCGUGUCACACGAGUUCUAUGACAGUAUUGCAGGUGAAGGAGUGCAGGUGGAUCCGUGUGCCACCCAGGCUCACUGGCAGAAUGGCGUCGCGGAGCGUGCAAUCAAGACGGUGUUCGAGUGCGCCAAGGCCAUGCAUCGUGAUCAUGAGACCGACCUGGAGGCAGCUGUACAUGCGGCGGUGGAGGCACACAACACGGUCGAGAGAGUCGAUGGAUACAGUCCGAGCCAAUGGGCCUUCGGACGAGACAAGAAUUGGUCAGGGACUCUCAAGAAGGAGGAUCACCUGGACGUCGUGAAGUGCACGAACCAGAGCUACAUGGAGAACCUGUCCAAGCGGGUGCUGGCAUCAAAGAUCAGUGGCGAGCGGAUUCUCAAGCAGCAGCAGGAGACGGUCAAGGACGACAACUGGAACGUGCAUGGGAAGUCUACGAGGUCAAUGGGACGACGCUGGACUGGCAGGACCUACCUGUUUCCCAUCACGGACAAGCCAGAGGAGAUGAAGGUAGACCAGAACGCCAAGGAGGUGAUCCAUGAGAAGGCGAAGAAUAUGGUCGUGGAGCAGGUGCGGGAGACCCUUGGGGACAAUGGGAAAGACCAGCCGUCAAUGGAUGACAUCGAGAGCGAGAAGGUAGAGAACGCGAAACAGACAACUGCAGGAGGAGCAGAUCUCAAAAGACGGAUCGUCGAGAAGAGAACAGUCAAGACCGACUUGUUCGAAAAGACGAAGAGGAGGGUCAGGAUGUGGACCAACUUCGGACCAGCACUGAGGAGCUACAGUGCCUUCUUCAACGACAAGAUCGCGGACGGUGACCAGAUGGACUGGGGCAAGCUCGACUGGGAGGACCUGGAGAUCCCGACGGGGACCGACUACAUCGAGGUAGCGUUCGAGGCGUUCGACGCGAACAGCAUGAACAAGUUCACGAGGCAGCCGGGGCAGUACAUCACCAAGGCGAUGAAGAAAGGAAGGUCUGAGGCAAGUGUCAAGCACAUGACCGACGAGCAGAAGAGUCUGAUGAAGGGGGCGAAGCUGGUCGAGGUGAGAGACUGGAUCGCCAACGACGUGCUGGAGAGGUUACCGUCACACAUCAAGCCGAAGUCGUCGGACGUCCUGAAGACGCGCCGGGUGCUCACCUGGAAGAAGGACGAAGCGGCAGGAAAAGGGAUGCCAGACGACAAGCCGACCUACAUCGAGGCCAACGAUGAGCUGGCGGAGGAGUUCGGAGUACCUGGAGGGACAGCGGUGAGACUAAAGAAGGCAGUGUACGGACUAUGUCAAGCACCAAAGUCGUGGUACGAUAGCGUGGACACCCUGAUGGAGCAGCUCGGUGGACAACGAUGCGUGUCGGACCCGUGCGUCUGGGUUUUCAGCGACGAGAACAACAACGUGUUCGGGGUAGUUGGCGCACACGUGGACGACUUCCUGAUCGCCGGAGAUGGUGGAGUUCGAUGGCGAGAGAUCGAGGUGAAGCUGCAGAAGGCGUUCCGCUGGACUCCAUGGGAGAAAGGAAGCUUCAAGCAGACCGGACUGUCGGUCAUGCAGACGGCCAGCAGCGGGAUCACCAUACACCAGAAGGAGUUCAUCGACAACAUCACCGAGAUCAACAUCGGACAGGAGCGUCGCAAACAACGGGACCAUAAGCUGACGGAUAAGGAGAUGACGAUGCUUCGGGGGGCACUAGGCGAGAUCCAGUGGGUGGCGACGCAGACGAUGCCGAAAUAUCAGGCGCAGUGCUCAAUGCAUCAGAGCAGUGGACCGACGGCGACAGUGGAGACGCUCUUCGGGAUCAACAAGCUGAUCAGACAGAUGAAGAACGAUCACGGCUACAAGCUGAAGUUCGAGAGUUUCGAGGGAGAAGGAGUGGUCGUAGGCUGGAGUGAUGCAGCCUGGGCGAAUCGACCAGACGGGCUCUCGACAGGAGGAUGUGUGAUCGGGAUUGCGCCAGCGGACAUCCUGAACGGCAAGCGGGCCCCAGUUGGCUGGGUUUCGCAUCGCAGUGGUAAGCUACAGCGCGUGGCCAGGAGUUCGUUGGCGGCCGAGGUUCAGGCGCUGACAGUGACAGAGGACGAGCUUUUCAUGGUGAGAAUGAUGUGGGCCGAGCUGAACGGUUUUGUUUCGGACGUGGCCGUGGGAACCGCGAGCGAGAGCAAGACGGCAAAGCCGAUGCUGGAGGGCGUGAAGCAGGUGCGAUCGUGCCUGUGCGUGGACGCUCAGAGCAUCUACGACUGUCUGGCCAAGCAGGUGCAGAUGCAGAGCCUGGCUGAGAAGCGGGCGGCGCUCGAGCUGAUGGCCUUCGAGAAGUGCAUCAACGAGACAGAGUUGAUUGUGCGGUGGUGCCACUCCGAGGCCAACCUGGCCGACAGCUUGACAAAGACGACAGCUACAGGGCCCAUCGACCUGUACAUGAAGACGUGGAGCUGGGCACUGGUAGACGACGACGAGCAGCUCAGUGCCAAGAAGCGUAAGGGGCGCGGGAUGAGCAGGUUCGAGAACAACAAGGAUAUCUUUGGCCUCAUCAAGAUGGCAUUCAUGAAAGUGG